AUUGAAAUGGCGAUUGAGACGCUGCAAAAGUCUGAUGGUCUUUCUACUCACAGAAGCACUCUUCUCAACAGCCAUCUCCAAUGGCUUUUAGACAACUAUGAAACCGCAGAAGGAGUGAGUCUUCCCAGAAGUACUCUUUACAAUCAUUACUUACGUCAUUGUCAGGAGCAUAAGUUAGAUCCGGUCAAUGCUGCCUCCUUUGGAAAACUCAUACGGUCAAUCUUCAUGGGGUUACGGACCAGAAGACUGGGAACCAGGGGGAACUCCAAAUACCAUUAUUAUGGGAUUCGUGUCAAACCAGAAUCUCCCCUUAAUCGGCUGCAAGAGGACAUACAAUAUAUGGCUAUGCGACAGCAACCCAUGCAGCAGAAACAGAGAACUGACCCUGGACUUGAUGAGAGAAUAUUUGGGCAUCUUCUGGACUCUACUUGGAAUAAUCCCAUGGGAGACAGUCCUACAGGGCAAAGGGGUCAAGGAGAGAUGGUUGAUUUUCAAAGAUUACCUCCUCGACAUGCAGGAAGUCAAGCAAAGGUGGCAGGAGGCCUGCAUGGAUGA